UCAAGAUUACAUGUGGAAUACAUCUAGAAAUAUACAAAUGGCUGUCCCCUUUGAAGUUAUAGUUGGAGGGAAUUGUGAUUCCUAAAGCUGAAGUUAUUCAAUUCAAACAAAGACAACUAUUUGGUUCAACUUUAUUUAUUUCAUCUUUUACGACACUACCCUCUUUCCCCAAUAUCAAUAAACAGCUCAUUGGACCCACACCCUUUGUCAAAAGCUUCUUUAGUUCCUUUUUUCUUUUCUUUCUUUCCUUUUUUUUUUCUUUCUUUCUUUCUUUCUUUUUUACUUGAAUCACUUGACAAUUGAUUCAUAUAAACAAUUUGGUAAAGAUAUCAACUUUCAUCUUCCUCUUUGAGUUUGAGGAUUCUCAUUCAGCUUUAGUUCAGAUGCCUCGUCUAUAUCCUCCUCCACCGCCACCACCACCAUCACCACCCACUUCCAUAGCUCCACCAGAAAGUUCACCGUCCAGCGGUGCUUCUCUACCAACAGCUAGACCAUCCCCCGCCUCAGCAGCAGUUGCUCAAGCAUCUACCCCAACUCAUGCUUCAUCUUCAAGAGAGGCAGAGUUGGCUUCUUUGGAUCAAAUAAUCGUACAAAAUCGAGCUACGAAACCACACACUCCACUGCUAAAUACAAACCAUACAGAUUCAAGUAAGUACAGAAAGCCACAAUUACUACAGCAAGCUCGGCCACGACAAACAAAUCCAAUUAUAUGGUGUUUUGCAUUCCUGUGUCUAGCUUUUAGUCUUCUCCUUAUCUUCCUUGGAAUUGCUACUUUGGUCAUUUUCCUGGUUGUUAGACCAAGAAAUCCUUUGUUUGAUAUACCAAAUGCAAGCCUCAGCACCAUCUACUUUGAUGCACCUGAAUAUCUAAACGGAGACUUCACCAUUCUCGCAAAUUUCACCAACCCGAACCACAGAGUCGAUGUGAGAUAUGAGAAUGCUGACAUAGAGCUUUUUUUUGGGGAUAGACUCAUAGCAACUCAAGCAAUCCAGCCUUUCAGUCAAAGAAAAAAUGAAGUAAGAUUACAACCUGUUCACUUGAUAUCCAGCCUAGUUUUCUUGCCACAAAAUUUUGGGUUGGUACUUCGUCGACAGGUACAGAACAACAAAAUUGUCUAUAACAUCAGAGGAACUUUUAGGGUCAAAGCUUCAGUGGGUAUCAUUCAUUACUCUUUCUGGUUGCACAGCCGAUGCCAGUUGGUUAUGACUAGUCCGCCAACCGGCAUUCUAGUUGCUCGGAGUUGCAAAACCAAGAGGCAUUAUGUCAUCGUCAUAUCCACGUCAUAAUUUUUUGGAGACGGACACUAUGUUCCUCGAGUUUGAGGAUGAGUUAGAUAACUUUACGAAAGGAUCAUCGUUAGUGGACGAUAAUGCGGGGUCAUCUUCUCAAUAACCUGGGACUCCGACUCCUAGGAUACAUACGCAGUCUCGACUCUUAGAGUUGAAGCGCCACGUUGCAGUACAUGGGCACAUUUCGAUGAUGAUCGCCCCUGGUAUGGAGAAACCUAUUUUUCCACACGUCGUUUGCUUCAGUCAGGCAAUAAGCAUGUGCGUGCGAAAGACAUUUCUUGUUCGUUGCCUUAAGUGGGCGGACGUUGGCAGAGAAUACAUUGAGGUCGUCAAGGGCGACCUCUAGGUCGACUAUCACAGACACUUCAAAAAGUACAGCAACCUCGAGGAGGCUCGUGCCAACCCACCAAACAUAUUGGUUAGACGUCACGAGGAUUGACACUUCCUCUACGAUCACUACAUAAGCUGUGCAUUCCAGGAGCAAUCAUGGACGAACAAGGCUGCUAGACAGAAGUAGCUUUACAAUCAUAGCAGCGGGUCAAAGUUGUUUUUUACAAUGACAACACGAGCUUGUUGAGAAGAAAGGGGAGUCGAUCGACCGUGUAGAGUUGUUUCGGGAAACACACGUUCGAGUCGGGACAUUCGUAUCGUAAACCACAGAGGAUGUGCAUAAUCAAAUGUUGGAACUCUAGUCCCAGCCUACCCCAGAGGGGAGUCAACCACUCUCUGAGGAUGAGAUAUACGAUCAAGUGUUGGGUAGACGACCAGGCUACUCAAAAGACCUUGGUUGGGGACCCAAGCCGAAGGCCCAUAAGAUAACGAGUGCAAGCAGUUCCACAAUAUCUGGUUCGUCGUCCACACAAAAAUAGAUUGAAUUACAAUUUAAAAUUAAUGAAGCUUUGGAACAGAUUGAAGUGCAAGAUAGAAAUCAUGCAGUGUUAGCUUCAUAAGUGGAACAAUUGCAAAAGUUGAUAGAAGAGUUGACUCAGACACAGCAAGGACCCCAUGAUCCAUAGCUUUGCGGUCCCAAGGUGUAGAAUGGCACUUACGAGCCUCGUUAGGAGACGUACAACUUUGUUUGUGCUUUUUUGUAUUAUGAGAACUACAUUUUUUGUAUUAUGAAC